AUGCCUGAAAUUGAUGAUUCUAGCAGAGAUAGCGAGAGUGAAACAGCUGGGGAUGAAGAAAACAAUGAUGAAAGGACAGGAUGUGGUCCAUUCCAGACAUUUGUAAUGCCAAAAAGGAGAAAUAUGAAAUUCUUGAAAAAUGAUAGUAAGCGAGUUAGGGUUGGUUGUUUGGGUGCACAAAAUAAAUGUCAAUGGUCUGCAUAUUGUUCCUAUGUUCGUAGCCGUAAGAUUUGGCAAUUGAGGAAACUACUUGAUGUUCAUCCUUGUAGCAGGGAGUUCAAGAUUAAUAUCAUUAAAGCAAAGUGGCUUAGUGAAACCUUGGACCAAACUCUAAUAGAGAAUCCAAAGCUAAAGAUAAAUGACGUAAGACAAAGGGCUUUAAGAAAAUGGAAUACACAUGUGUCAAUAUCAACAGCUCGUAAAGCAAGGGCAAUGGCUGCAGAUAUAGUAGAUGGGUCAUUUAAAGAGCAAUAUAAAAGAAUUUACGACUAUGCACAUGAAUUACUAAAAUGUAAUCCUGGAUCAACUAUAAAAAUCAAAGUGGAAAAUGAUAAUGAUGAAGCAAUUUUUCAGAGGUUUUACUCCUGUUUAAAAGCAUGUAAAGAUUCCUUUGUCUUCUGUAGACCCAUCAUAGGUUUGGAUGGUUGUUUUUUAAAAGGAAAAUACGGAGGUGAGUUGUUGAGUGUUGUGGGUAGAGAUGCUAAUGAUCAGUUACUGCCCUUAGCGACAAUGACCUUUAUGUCUGACCAACAAAAAGGAUUAGUGCUUGCCAUUCAGGACCUAUUACCCACUGCUGAGCACAGGUUUUGCAUGAGGCAUCUGUAUGCAAAUUUCAGAAAAAGAUUCUCUGGCCAAAAAUUAAAGAUACUCAUGUGGAAGGCUGCUAGGAGCACACACCCAACAGUUUGGGAAAGAGUGAUGUUAACAAUUAAAGAGUUAAAUAUUGAUGCUUACAGAUACCUUAUUGUUAUACCUUCAAGGUUCUGGUCCAAGUCUAGAUUUAGUGGUCGAGCCAUAUGCGACACAAUUGUCAACAAUAUGAGUGAAGCUUUUAAUAGUGUCUUAGUGGAUGCAAGAGGCAAACCCAUAAUCACCAUGCUCGAGGAAAUCAGAGUUUAUUUAAUGGAAAGCUGGUCAGGAGAAAAGAUAUUUGAAGUGAGACACAUAUCCAUGGUUGGAGAUAAGUACAUAGUGAAUGUGGAUGCUCAACAUUGCAGCUGUAGGAAAUGGCUUCUGACUGUUAUCCCUUGCUGCCAUGCUAUUGCAGUAAUGAAUUUCAUCAAUGUCAAUGCUGAGGACUUCAUACCAAUCUGUUUCAGGAGAUCCACCUAUGAAGAAAUAUAUCAAUCCAUCAUAUGUCCAGUCAAUGGUGAAGUUUUAUGGGAAAGAACUCCCUACCCUGACGUCCAUCCACCACAUAAGAGAAUCUUACCAGGAAGACCCAAGAAAAAAAGAAGUUUCACUUCUGCCAAACAUUGA